AUGCCGGCAAUUCGGACAGAACCAUUUGCCUUUAGGCUUUGUGGUAAGACCGAUGCAUUCGAAGUGAAACCAUUCGAUUUCGCAUUUCUCAUUGUCACAUCCGAUCAUCUCCCCAAAUGAUAUUCUACUGCAGAAACAGUACGUAGGUUCGUCCUCCUCCUUUGCUUUCACUCGAGGAGUUUUGCUGAGCCUGUUACUUGUCCUUUUCUUGACACCAUUCUCCUUCUUUGUCUUAAUAGGGAGAAGUCGAUCCAACUGAUUACAUACAGUACAACGCUAACGCACCUUCUUUUCCGUCGGCGUUGAAGUCGGUGUUUGUGUAGCCUUUCGCUUAUUUACGACCCGAUUAUUCGUUGUGACAGGAGUCUCCGGGAUGGCAUCAUCCGAGUUUGUCUGAGCUUGAGGCUGCGCUUUAGCAGGUGGAGCUUUCUCUCGCUGACUGGUUCGAUCGGAUUUUGAAGACGACGGUACAUCCUUCUCCUUUCGAUCCUUUUUCGUAGUUUUCCCACGUUUAACUUUGACUUCUUCAGGUCGAUGCUUCCCUAUUUUCUCAAAAACUGCAACAGCCUGCUGCGCAGCGAGAUCCCGUGCCGCAAAUGCCGCAUUUUGGAGGCAUAUCAAAUGAUCUUUCAGCGAAGUGGUUGCUUCUUGCCGUUCUUCUUUAUGACCCGGUGGCUCGGGCCAAUUAGAAGAGGAAGGAGCUAG